AUGGGUAGGAGAGAGGAAGCUAUUGGUAAUCUUAGGAAGUCUUUAGAGAUUAAAGAAAUGACUCUGGAAGAAGAUAGUAGAGAACUUUGGAAGGCUAAUAGGGAUGUCGCAGAGGCAUAUGUGGCUGUUCUGAAUUUUAAGGAGGCACUUCCGUUUUGCUUGAAUGCAAUAGAAAUACGUAAAACGCAGUUGGGGCAUAACUCGGUGGAGGUUUCCCAUGAUAGGAGGCUUCUUGGAGUUAUUUAUACUGGAUUAGAGGAGCAUGAGAAGGCGUUGGAGCAGAAUCAAUUGUCACGGAGAGUUUUGAAGAGCUGGGGUCGUAGUUCAGAUUUGCUUCAUGCUGACAUUGAUUCGGCCAGCAUGCAAAUUGCCUUGGGGAGGUAUGACGAGGCUAUUAAUACUUUGAAGGGCGUUGUUCAGCAGACUGACAAAGAGAGUGAGGAUCGAGCUAUGGUCUUUACUUCCAUGGCCAAAGCUUUGUGUAAUCAGGAGAAGUUUGCAGACUCAAAGAGGUGUCUUGAGUUGCCUGUGGAAUUCUCGACAAGAAAGAAAGCUCUUCACCUCUCAAUGUUGCUGAGGCAUUUAUGGAAAUUUCUAUGCAGUAUGAGACUAUGA